AUAGUCUGUGUUUCUCUAGCUUGGAGGACACACUCACUCUCUCGGACUCCGCUUUGACAAGCUCUGCGUCCUCUCCCCCCUCUUCUUGUUGUUUUGCUUUGCUUUAGCUGGGGGGCCUACCUCUGCAUUUGCAGAAAACCCAACUGGGGCUAUUAUUAAACCUUCGCAAGCCAGCAAAACCCAUUACUCUGGUCAUUAGAGAUCCCAUCUGGGAUUCGUUUUGGUUUCUUCAGUCCGGGCGCUCUUAUAUUUAGGGUUUCAGAUGGCAGAGAGUUUGGACGACGGCGAGUUUUGGCUUCCUGCGCAGUUUCUCACUGACAAAGACAUACUCAUGGACAAGGGUAAUAUCAACAAUAGCAGGAACAAAGGUGGGAUUACCACAGGGAUUGGUUUCAGCUCCUAUGGGUACGAUUUGUUUGGGCCUUCUUCGGAUCUGAGUUCCCCAGUUGAGUCGGUGAAUGGUUCGACUGAGACAGAGAGUGACGAGGAGGAUUACCUUGCUGGGUUGACUCGCCAAAUUGCGCACGCAGCUCUCCAGGAUGAGUUUGUGAAGGUCGACCAUAGUUUCGUCUAUGAAAACAAAAAGACAUGGGGUAUGGUUGGUUCUCCACAAUCAACGCUUUGUGCAGUUGGGGGUGGCUGCGGUUGCAAGCAGGGCUCGAGCCGUGGAAGCCCAAUCAGUCCUUCUCAGGUAUCUUCGCCCCCUGCUACCUGGGAUUUGCUGUAUGCCGCUGCAGGGGAGGUGGCUAAGAUCAGAAUCAAUGACGAAGAGUAUGGAUACCAACAGAGCCGAGGACUGUUGGCCCCCCCGAGAAAACCUAGUCCAAUCUCUGUCCCUGUGAAGAACGCUAACACAGACGCUGGAUUCUACUCCAACCAUUCGGUUUCUCACCAGCAGUUUCAAGCGACUCAAUUUCAGCAACUCAAACAGCAACAAAUGAUGAAGCAGCGGCAGCAGGCCGUCUGGGGAGGACAACAGCAGAAGGGAACUGGCCUCUACCAACCCCAGCAAGUGAUCCAGAACAGAGGAAAAAGUAAUGAGUUUGGAAUCAACAGAAGCAAUCGUCCGUUAGGUUUGUCUCUCUCUGCUUGGCCACCUCUUCAAGCUCAGCAGCAGCAGCAACAGCCACAGCAAGGUGGUUCGGGCAUGAGAGUUGUGUUUCUAGGGACGCAUGGGUCUAGAAAGGAAUGUGCUGGUACUGGCGUGUUCUUGCCUCGUCGAGUGGGCAAUCCUCCCGAAAUGCGCAAGAAGUCUGGAUGUUCAACUGCUCUUCUACCAGCUAGAGUGGUGCAGGCACUGAACUUGAAGUUGGACGACGACGUUGGUUCUCAAACUCAGCUUCACCCUCGUUUUAAUGGCAGUUUUGCUCCUGACGUUGAUGCCGCAGUGAAGCUUCGAAGUAGUUAUGGAUUUGCGUGCGAGCAGAGGCGUGCGUUUCGUGCCCAGCCUGUCAUGAACCACGAGAUCCGGUUGCCUCAAGAAUGGACCUAUUAACGCCUGUUAACUAAACUUCAGUCUCUGGUUCCUAACUAAUUGUGUUUGAUUUUUGGGUUUCUUAAAAUGGAAGUGGUGAAGGGAUUGAAGUUUAGAUGAAAGGAAUGAAAGUUGUAUUAGGCAGUAGUAGGAAAUUAGUAUGAAGAAGAAAUAGUUUAAGAAGUAAAGAGACAAGGGAGAAAAUGAAAGAGAUAUUUUUUGGGUUAGGCUUAGAUGAAAAUAAAAGUGGAAUGUUUCAGGAAAGAGACGAAGAUGCAGACACAGCAGCUUUUGUUCAUUUCGUUCGCUCGGGCAACAAGAAAGCCGUGGAUGGGAGCCUUCCGGUUUUGUUUUCCUUCUUUUGCUGGGGUUUUUAUUUUGUGGGUAAUAAGUCGGAGUUUGGAAAUAGCGAUGGUUUUUUAAAUAUUUAAGUGGGUGUGAUCAGCGGGGGGAAGUUUACAGAACCCUCUCCAAUUUGUUGCGAUGCUUAUUACUACAGUAGUAGUUAGUUUGUUGUUUGUAGAAAUAUGUUCCAGUCGCCCCACCCACCAUGGCCGGAAGCAAAUAAUUAAAUGAAUGAAAUGAUUUGCUAUUUCUGUCUA